CUUGAUACGAUUUGCAGUCCUUGAAUACUGGACAUCGGAUGGAAGCUUAGCUAUUGCUUGAUGCCGCCGGGCCUUCGGCCUUCUUAGGAUGUCGGUUUAGUCUUGAAAGUUGGAGGAAGGACAUUUUACUGCAAUUUGGCCUUAUAACUGCCAUCUGCGUGCAAGUGGACAGACAGGUAGAGUCGGCAGCCUGGCAGAGGGGCAACUCCUGCCCCUCCAGCUGUGCAUGAUCAUAAUAAUAGGUGAAUAAUCACUCGUGGAAUAAAGCAAGGUAUUUACUCUAAGCGGAUCGCGAAGCUGUCUUGGAAAGGAAGGACCGGAGGAGAAAACUUGGGAGCGUCUAGCUUGGUGAGGAUAAGGGAACACAGGUCUGUCCCCUAUGCAAGCAGCCGUGGGAAAUCGAUCGCUUAGGUUUGCAUCGCGAGGUUGUUAAUAUUAAUUAUGUGAAAUGACAUUCUUGAUGGUGCGGAGGAGUGGGGGAAUAAGGGUUACGUUGAAGUUUUUGGUUUCGGUCAGGAGUGUGGGCAGGAAAAGUAGAACGUACUGAAAUUUGGAGAAUGUUGAUGGGCUGGAAAAAAAAAAAGAAACAUUUGCCGAGAAGCUCACUCAAUGCCUUUAUGUAUUUCGUCUAUAAUCAACUUUUAUUACUGCUUUUAUGCUAUGGUGACUACGCAAAGGUUGAUCAAAUUUUCCUAGAUGACUUUCUUUCCCGUGCGUUUGGGAAUUGAAUUUAAGUGACAAGUCCCGAAUUAGAAGAUUGUGAAGCUGUACCCGCGUGUUGUUUACAUGUCGGAAAGCUUCAUUUUUUUAAAAAAAAAAUCUAUAUUGCCUACGGGUCGUCUGUAUAACCUGCACAACUGCAGUCCCCUAUCUACAAUUUCAGAGAGAAAAGCCCCUAGACCACAGUGGAGCUUCUAAACAAACCUGAGUACGAUUGGAUUGAAUGACUUCGGAGUGUGGAGAGAUUUUUUUUAAUAUGCAAAGAUACAAGUAGAGAUAGAAAGGAGAAGUGCCUCGGCCGCAGGGCCCUCAGUCGACAAGGAAAGCGGCGGCGGUGGUGGUGGUGGCGGCGCCGCGGCGAUUCGGCUCGUCUGAACGAAGAGUCCGGCCAUGGCAGAGACGGAGAGCGGCGGAGACAGCUCGGUGCAUGAGACUCGCUUCGAAGCGGCCGUGAAAGUGAUCCAGAGCCUGCCCAAAAAUGGUUCUUUCCAGCCAACAAAUGAAAUGAUGCUGAAAUUCUAUAGUUUUUAUAAACAAGCAACUCAAGGACCUUGUAACAGUCCAAGACCAGGAUUUUGGGAUCCUAUUGGUAGAUAUAAAUGGGAUGCAUGGAGUUCGUUGGGCACAAUGCCCAAAGAAGAUGCUAUGAUUGCAUAUGUUGAAGAAAUGAAAAAGAUACUUGAAACAAUGCCGAUGACAGACAAAGUUGAGGAACUGCUACAUGUUUUAGGCCCAUUUUACGAAAUUGUAGAGGAUAAAAAAAAUAAAGGACCUGAUCUAAUCACAGAUCCUCACAAAGCUGUGCCAGCUGUGAAUGGAAAAUCAGAAAACAAUGACAGUGGAGCAGAAUCAGAGGAAGAACCACAGCCAGAAGAAUUGGGAGAUGGCCAGCAGAUUGAUAAAGGAGUUUCAGAAGAAGAUGUGAAACAAAAUUCAUCCCAAGAUAAGGAUUUAGAUGGCGUGGUUAUUAAUGGUAGUUGUCAUGCUGUUUCCAACGUUGAUGUGAACAAUGGCAUACAGACCAAAUCUAACCUGAAUGGCAUCAGUGUUGAUGAAGAAAUAAAGACAAUUGAAAAGUGCCUUGAGUUACCAGUUAUCCCUAACUGGGAUUCUACUCAUCAAGGUCAAAAUGAAGAUGCCACUGAAGUGUCUGGAAUUCAACUCUUGACGAGUGAUUCAGAUAGUGAAAUAUACUGUGAUUCAAUGGAGCAGUUUGCACAAGAAGAGAUCCUGGAAAUCAGCUCAUCAGUCAAGGAAAUUUCCAGACAUCCAUUAACUUUCUCAGAAGUAGAUCAUAACAAUCUGUUAGAAACUUCUGGUUUUCUUGAACUUGGAAAUCACAAAGCAGAAAGUAUAAAGGAAGCAGCACUUGAAGGAAAAGGUGAAAUCAAGUGUGGCGGUGAAGAUGGCAAAGGAAAUGAUGGAGGCCCUCAAAAAGAGAAGAAAAAUGGUGAAAAGGUUGAUAUCUAUGGAGUUCGAAGGGGAAGAGGACAUAGAAUGUACCCUUUAGGAGAUGGUGGCCAAGGUGGACAGAUGGGCAGUGGAGGAGAUGGAGAACGAUGGGGUUCAGACAGAGGACCACGGAGCACCCUCAAUGAACAGAUUGCAAUUAUACUCAUACGAUUGCAAGAAGAUAUGCAAAACGUUCUUCAGAGAUUACAUGCACUUGAGAUCCUCACAACUUCACAGGCAACCCUACAGUCUAAUAAUCAGCCUGAGGCACCUGUUAAGAAACCAUCGUGGUGGCCCUUUGAGAUUUCUCCUGGUACUUUAACCUUUGCUGUUUUAUGGCCCUUUGUUACCCAAUGGCUGGUGCACUUAUAUCUUCAAAGAAGAAGGAGGUAAGAAUAAGAAAACAGAACUGAGCCUUGAUUUUGCUUAAGAACUACUAGUAUGGGAAGAUUUUGAAAAAUACUGUAGUUAACCCAGGAACUAUAAUCUCUGGAAUGAUUAAAACAUCCUUGUCUUUUUCCUUAACAUUUUUCUUUUUCUUUUUGCACUACUGAAGAUUCUAUACUUGAAUGAGACAUUUUUCCUAUAUUUCUAAUAGAAUAAAUACAACUGUCCUAUUAAGCAAUCAUUAUGAACUACAAUUAUUAUGACAACACCUUCCUGAUGAACAGUUUGUAUAAUGUCUUAGUUUUCAGUUCCUACUGGGGGAAAAAAAUAAGUCUUUAAAAGAGAGGAAAAGUCUUUGAAAGCAUGUAUCCCCAUUCCCCAAAUUCAUAUAACUGUAUGAUUUGUUUUAUAAUGCCAACUUUUUGAUUAGACAUGCAAUAUAUUGAGUAAGCAGUACACCCCCAAAGGCCAAAAUAAACAAGAUUAUUACAAUUGCAUUUAAGAGUAAUGAGGAGUCUAAUUUCUAACUGCUACUAUAUGUGAUAACUUUUUAAUAAAGUGUUUGAGACUCUUGAUUUUGCUUCCACAGAGGCCACCAAAAUUAUAUAUUUUUAAAAGCCACAAAACUAUGCAUAGCCAUACAUCUCAGUGUAACAAUACUCAACUGAGUCUCAAAUAGCAUGAUGGAGUCAAAAUAGUUCAUUGGAGAGAAUGCUUAAGAAGGAAAACAGCCCUGAAGAUACUAAGUUCAAUGCAACCUCAGGGCAGUUAUGAAUAAAUAAUGAACACAUCUAUUGAAUAAAGAGACAAGUACUGUCUUUAUUCAAAAAAUCCAAUUUAAUUAACAGUCAUAGGUUUUGCAUAUUAAAAACUUGCUCUAUGAUGCUGUUCUGCAUUUGUAAAGAAAUACUUUGUAAAUGGAUGCAAUGGAAAAAUGGUGUUAACUGCUAUAACUUUUCUAAAGCUAUGCAACCAACUCUGCUGUUAAGUAACUCCCACCGAUUAAUUAGCACCGGGCAAUUCCUUGUACUGUAUUCAACAGUGGAAGAAAUGUAUCAAAAUGAAUAAUGAAUAUACUUGCAGGCAGGCUCACUUUUUUUAAAAAAAAUUGUAAUGUCUUAAGAGCUUAUAUGACUGCUUUCAACCCUUUUCAACAUCAGAAUGGAAGGAAACUUUCAGCUAUCAUGGCCACCGGGGGGGGGCACUUUCCACCCCUGCCAUGUAUUGAUGCAAGCAAAUAUUGACAUACCCCAGGAACCCUAAAUUUGGUGCCAUAUUAUUGAAAAGCUAGGUGCUUGUUCUUAUGACUGAAUGUUCAUCUGGAUUAAAACAUCCCCUGCAGUUAGCACUUUGUCCAGAUAUUUCUCUCAAAUUUAUAAAACAAUCUUUCAGCUGUAGUUGUUCAAUAUUGCAGAUUUAGCGUGUCUGAGUGUCAUCUUGAGGAAAGGUAAAUGCUUCAAGCCAGAUAGCUCUUCAUGCAGGUGUAUCUGUAGGAUAUGGUUAGAAAACUCAAGAUGGCAACAAUGCAAGUAUAAUUGAAGUUCUCACAUUUUAUAUAAAAUUAGGUAGAAUUUGGGUCACAUUGUUGGCCAUUCUUUUGACCACACUCCUGCCUUCCUGCAAGUUUAUAAAUUCUAUCAGCCUGUAUAGAUAUAAAUAUUGUAUGAAGCCACAGCUGGCUGUUCUGUAAUGUUUGCAUCUUGCUGAAUCCAGAACAUCCUUUUACUGUAACAAAUAAGCAAAAUGUUUAACUGUUACAGUAAACAUUCAACUUUCCCUUUGUUUUAAUCCUUGCUUUCGUAAUCCAUUCCCCUCCCCAAUUGCUUUAAGAUCAUUUUAGCAUUCUCAUUUUACAUAUCUGCCUAUCAAUUCUAUCUAUAUUAGGAUAUAACAACUGGUAACGUAGUUUUCUAAAUACAAUUAGAAAGAUAGAAGACAGAAAACAAUUAGAAGGCUAAUUUUUUUUGGGUUGAUAUGAUCUUCAGCUGUUUUAUAAUGCAGCUUAAAGUGAUUGCAUCCUGGUUAUAGUGAAAAAGAAAAUGAACUAAAACUGACAUAUUUCCAGAUGAUGUUCUACACUGUAAUUGAUCAAACUAAUGGGAAAAAAUUCUUCUCUUUAAGGUCUCAAAGUUAGAAAAUCAACUUUAUAUCUAUUAUGUACAAAUGCUGUAAUUGCAGAAGUCAAACACUUCUACUGUAUUAUAUAGAACAUGUUUUUAUAGUUAAAUUUUAAGAUAAAUCACUUUAAUCUAUUGUAAAAUAACAUUUCAAAUAAAGGAAUGAUAGGAGUAUAUUACCCUAA